AUGAGCGUACUCAAUUCCAUGCGUCCAAUUCGCGUGCUCCCCACGCGGGGGAAGAUCAAAGUCUCUCUCGUUUGGAAACAACAGAAUCUUCGAGUCGUGCACGAGAUAGACGCUCGAAUAUUACGGAAGCGCGCUCCCUCCGACGAUGAGGAAGACACAGACGGUCGCCCUCUGAAGAAACGGAACUGUACUCGCUUAGAACAAGUCGUCUUGUCUAUGAGCAACGUCUGUUUGGCCGAUAGCGCUCAGACAGUAGAAGAUAAAGGAUGUGGCGCAGGUGGUCGGAAAUACGAUGACACACAUUCCGAAGGCAUCUCAGACACUGCAGGGUCUAGCGGCGUUCCUCCUGGUGGUAUGCGUGGCGAAAGAGAUAGGGAGAACCGAGGUUCGUCGAGCGGGCAUGUAGACGAAGAGACUGGUCUGGGAGAUAAGAACGAAGAAGUGGAAGACAGAGUAGAGGAAGGCGAUGAGGAGGCAUUAAAGGAAACACAUGAAGAUGCGCAAGAUGAGAAAGAGCAGCGCGGACCAACAGGCGAAGACUCUUAUCUCAAGGGCUCGACUGGUUAUCAAGAGAUGGAUCCUUCAUCGGUAUCAGUUCAAGCUCUCCUCCUACAACGGCGAGAGCACCAGAACUACGGUAGUGACUCGGACAAUGAUUUGAGUACAACUAUGGGCCAUGCCUCGGCUCCUAAACCUUUGCAGAGUGGCUCCGGCCUUUGCUCCAAGAACAAGGGGAAAGGGAGAGAGCCACCACCGUGUUCGCCGUCCUGGGACGGGCACCGCCCUCUAGUACCUGGAAUAAACGAAACAGAGCAUGGGGAGUCGUCUAAUGGUACACAUAGAUACACACAUGAUCAACUCAUAAUUGACUUGCUUGACAAGAGAGCUACCCAAGGGCCGUCCGCCACCUCCAACCAACUUGAUUGGGGUGAACGCCCCUCGUCACCGCAUAUGCCCAACAUUAACGACGCAAAGCCGGUGCUUCUUCAGAUCCCUCGCUCAAUUCCACAACAAACAGCAGAGAGGCCGACGCCCCCGAAGCCCCUGAAGGCUUACCCACCGCUCGAACCACCAACCGUGGAGAAGUUACGCAAACUCUCGGGCUCGGGGCGACGUUCGAGCGGCCACGUCUAUCGCAUCGACGCCAAGGGCACUCGACCAGCAGGAACAUUCCCCUUGUACAUCUCCCGCGACAAUCUGGUCUCGCGCCCUUCCCGCCCACGUCUCGACCGCGGUCCAUCAACUACUCAGUAUCGGCGCAGUCGCGAAAUGAAGUGUGUCCAACAAACGGUAGCCGAGCUCAACAGAGCCAACAACGACAGAUCGUCUACGAAGACAAGAAAGGAGGAGCGCUCCAUUGACAGCAAGUAG